AUGGACGGCAAGACGAAGAAGUUUCUGAGCUAUCCGGAGCCGAGGAGAGGGCCAGACGUCGCAUAUCGCAAUGAGAGGAAGCAGAAUCCCACCAUGAGCGGGCUCGUGCUGGUGCUUGCUGCCUUCGUGUUCGAAUGCGUGGGCAUGAUCCGCAAGCUCAUAUGGAAGAACGCCGGAUUCGCAAGCCUAAGAAAGAUCAGAAAACAGCUGGAAGACUAUGAGCCUCGUGUCGACCCCACCGUCGUGCCUACAUGCGAGCUUCUAGAGCACAAAGACACACUCGAGGCCGAGAAAGCCGAACCGGAACUGGCAUCUACCGCCAUCAGGCCGCAGGCCAGGUACUAUUCCGUCCAGGACUACCAUGACAUGUACCUCGCUGGAGAAUUGACGCCCACAGCCGUAGCAAAGGCGAUUCUGCCCCUGAUUCGUCGAGAUACUACGCCUCCCGGUGCACACUCGGUUGCCUGGUUCGAAACGCGGGCCGAUCUUAUUCUCGCUGCUGCCGAAGCGUCUACGACACGGUAUAAAAAAGGGUCUCCUCUCGGGCUGUUGGAUGGCGUACCUACAGCCGUCAAGGAUGAAUAUGAUAUUGAUGGAUACAAGACCUGUCUGGGCUCGUUGAACGAUUAUACCAGUGACCCAGCACCGCCGGGUGACUCCAUUGCCAGCUGGUGUGUGAGAAAGCUGGAGGAAGCCGGAGCCAUCGUUCUGGGGAAGCUGUCAAUGCAUGAGUUCGGCCUUGAUACGUCGGGGAGCAACCCAAACUAUGGAACUCCGUUGAACCCGUAUAACCCCAAAUACUACCCCGGAGGCAGUUCCUCUGGAUCAGCAUACGCAGUCAGCGCUGGCCUGGUCCCAUUCGCACUGGGAAGCGAUGGCGGCGGCAGCAUCCGCAUCCCGUCUUCCUUCUGCUCUGUCUAUGGCCUCAAACCCACGCACAACCGAAUCUCUCACCACCCGGGCCCAAACCACUCUAAUACCUGCGCCGUCAACGGUCCCUUGGCUGCAGACCUGCAAUCCCUCUCUGCCCUCUACCGCAUCAUCGGCUGUCCUCCAUCUUCUUCACCCUUCAACCCCGUCUCUCCCAGGCUUGCACCUUGCCAUCCCUCUGGGAAGAAAUAUCUCGGUGUCCCCGAGGCGUGGUUCUCCCAAGCAACCCCCGCCAUCCAGCACCUCUGCCGCUCCGCCAUCACCACUCUCGCAGACAAAAACGACUAUACAAUCGUGCCCAUCCAGAUCCCCUUCCUGGUCGAAGGCCAGAUCGCACAUGCUCUCACCAUCCUCACCGACGCCGCUACCUUGCUCCCCGACACCUCAAACUUGACUGCCCCCAACAAGAUACUUCUGGGUCUUGGCCGCGUAACGCCAGCUACAGACUAUCUCCUUGCACAGAAGCUUCGUCGCCUACUAAUGCAGCAUCUCUCCUGGCUCUGGAAAGAAUACCCAGGCAUGAUCAUCGUUACGCCCACAACCAGCUGCGCAGGCUGGCCUAUCCGCGAUCAAAAGGAGCUGAAAUACGGUAUCAGCGAUGGAGACCAGACGCUCAAGACGAUGGAUUUUAUCUGGCUUGCGAAUUUUACCGGUCUCCCUGCUAUUUCUGUACCGGCUGGCUUUGUCGUUCCAGAGGGAGCCAAGGGCGAAGGCGAAAUAGCGGAGGAAAAUACCGAGGGGAAGAUUCCUAUCGGGUUGAUGGGAACCGGGGAAUGGGGAAGCGAAGACUUCCUUAUGCGUUGGGGGCUAGAUGUCGAGAACGUUGUAGGCGAUCGGAGAUCAAAACCGCCUAUUUGGGUGGACGUAGUUGCCAAAGCGAAGGAGGUGAUGGAUGCUGGCUUAUAA